UCACGAAACGUCUAGAAUUCGAACCAAACAUCAAAAUUAAAAGAUAGUUGCAAACUUGCUAAAAAAAAAGAAAGAAAGAAGGAAACAGCCAGAACAGAGAGGUACAUCAAAAUAUCUACAGGAUAUCAGAUCUGAUUGAACUGUAAAUCUAGCUCUUGCAACUGCAUGUUACCUGUAUGAAUAUGGGAAAACUAUGGGUGAACCAUUUCUCUAUGUGCUGCAAAGACUGAGGUUUUCUACACGGUGAUGUUUUCUACACAGCGACAAUGGAGGUCAAUAUGAGGAGUCUUCUACAGAGGCAUGGUCAGGACGUAGGAUUCAGUAAUGACUUUGAGAAGUCAGGCUGGGACAAUUCAAAUGACAACACAGACCAUACAAUACUGAUUGAUUCAUUUGACAAGCAGAAUGAUAUCUUGUUUAAUGGAAUGGAUGACAUCCUGGAGAAUUCUGGAACAGCUUUUAAAGAUUUAGACAACGAGUCAGAGAAUGUGAAUGCAGGUGGGGAUGAUCCUUGUGAAGAAAUUGACAUUGAUAUAGACUUUUUAGGUGAAGCACACAUGUCAGAUAGUCAGGGGUAUUCCAUUAGCAACUUGACUGGAAAUGUUAUAGAGAUAUCAGAUGAUAGUAGGGAGUCCAAUGGGGUAUUGUUUUAUCAGCAAGAUGUUAAAGAAAGAGCAGACUUGUUUUUAUUUGCUCAGAAUAAAAAUCCAGAUAAUGCAGCAGAAUUAGAACAGCCAAAUGCUCCUUCGCUACAAACAAAUGUCAUUAAUACCAUCGUUGAUAGUGGGGUACAUGAGGCUGAUGGUAAGAGACUGAUGGAAGAGGACAAACCAACCAACAGCAGAGAAGAUGUGAAAACAAAUGAUAUCCCAAAGAACAGAAUGUCUCCACAGUUUGCAAAAAGACAUUUGCCAGACACUAAACCAGGUGAUGAUGAUAAGAGAUCACAGAGGCAGUUUCCUAAGCUUUAUAUGGUAUUAAAAGAUGAAAAAAAAAUUUCAACAAUACAAGCAAAGUCAUCUGAAACAUGUUCUACAAAACUGACCUUUCAGAAUUUGACUGAUUCAAAAUCUGCCAAAUUCCCCAAUCUACUUGAUGCAUUGUCACCGUCCAAAGAGUUUGAGGCUGAUAUUUAUAUCCUGGAUUCACCAGAUAAGGACUGUGUUAAAGAAAAACAAGAUAGGAUCUUAGAAUCACUUGAAUCAUUGCCUUCUGAAUCUGCAGAAAGAACACUUACAAAUUCAAGUUUCCACAUUACAUUAUUUAGUGCCGAUAACACGAGAAAGAGCAAGGGAGAUAAUAAAGAAGAUAUAAACACUGAAGAAAAAAUGGAGAAACCAAGAACGACAUCAUCGGAGGAACUCACAAAACAGUCUUUAAAAUCCAAAAACCAUGUUACUCAAAAAACAAAACAACUUCUAAAGAACAAAAUAAAAAACGAAGAGCUGCAAGUUCUUCCUAAAGAACAUUUCACAAAUAAAGUUGGAUUUGUGAAGGAUGAGGCUGUCUCCCUGUUAAAUGACUCUAGCCUAUCUGCUCCAAUACUCCCUGUAGGUCUUUACAAGGAUGGUGGCAAUUCACCAGAGGAAGAGCAAGAUGAUCUUGUUGAUAUCUCUAAACCUUGCAGCUGUAAUAUCUGUGGCAGGGUGUUCCUCAAGUAUUCCAACUUGGAAAUUCACAUUCGUGGUCAUCUUGGGGACCACCCUUAUCAUUGUAAAGAAUGUGACUCUACUUUCAAACAUAACUCCGCUUUAAAGCGACAUAUGAGAACUCACACAGGUGAAAGACCAUACAGAUGUCCCGUAUGUGACAAAUCAUUCAUUGAUGGAACAAGGCUUCGUAAGCAUAUACUAAGCCAUAACAGUGCAAAAAGCGAGUUUUGUAAAAUUUGCAAGAAAGGCUUUGCGUCACGAUCUAAUCUAAAGCACCACAUGUUAACACAUCUUGAUGAAAGGCCUUUUAAAUGUGAAUACUGCAACAAAGGAUUCAAUAAAAACUCCAAUUUAAAAUCACAUCUUAAAAUUCAUCUAGGAUACAAACCAUGGGUAUGUGAUGUUUGUGGAAAAGAAUUUCCUGAAAAGAAUCGUUUGAAAAUGCACGAGAAAAUUCAUUGGGAGGACAAGCCAUACAAGUGUGAGCAAUGCGGGGGUCAAUUUGCUCAAAUUUCAAAUCUGUACGUGCACCAGAGGAAGCACAGGGGAGAUAAACCCUGGAAAUGUGGGCAAUGCGAUAAGUGCUUCAUGAUGAGAAGUCACCUGACUGAACACGUGAAGCGGCACACUGGGGAGAAGCAGUUCAAAUGUGCCAUGUGUCAGAAGGAGUACUACUGCAAAGGGGACUUUAACAGACACAUGCGGACCCACACCGGCGAACGCAACCAUGUCUGUGAAACCUGUGAAGAGCGCUUCAUUGACAGUUCCACACUCAGGAUACACAUAAGGAAAGUUCACAAGAAACACAGAUAUAGGUGUAAGUUUUGUGAUAAAGAAUUUUCAUUUGAAUCUUCAUUAAAACGUCAUGAGGAUAACCACAUGGGCGUCAAGAAACAUUUCUGUACUCUAUGUGAGGCUGGUUUCUUAUUCCGAGUGGAGCUAAAGGACCACAUGAAUAAACAUGUAGGUAAUAAACCACAUAGCUGCGAUAUCUGUGGAAAGAGUUUCUACAAAGGCUCGGAACUGAACCAACACAAAAAGAUUCACACCGGGGAAGCAAUGAUCUAUUGCGAAUGCUGUAACAAGACAUUCAAUUAUAAACAGUCAUAUACGAAACACUGCCAGUCUGCGAGACACGCUCGUAAUCUCAGGAAAAAUGAUGCAAAGUCGGUGCUGGACAAGAAAUCAACAGGGGGUACAACAGAAGUAGAUAUAGUGACCUCUAGUGAUGAAACAGUUGUCAGUAAAGUUAGGGAAGAUAACUCUGUACAAGAAGCUAUUUAAUACCUUACAAGUGUUGUUAUUGUUGAUUUUAGUGUAACAAUAAUUUGUAAAUGAUGGUAUUGUAUUACCAGUGUAUGUUGUACAAACCAGAUAUAUAUUUAUACAAUAGUUGUAAAUAAACAAUGAAAACUUAUACCAAAA